CCCUCCCUCCUCCCCCGCCACCUGUCCCGUGGGCAGAGGCCCGGGCUCUGGGAACAGGGAGAGGCCUGCGGAGGAGACGGAGCAGUCCCCCUGCCUGGGCCGGAGGAGUCCGGGAAGCCGGAGACAUGAGAGUCCCGACGAGUCCCGAGGACGGGAGCCUGGAGGAAGCCGAGCGGCGCCAGGGCCGAGCCGAAGGCAGCGAGACCCGAACGCAAGAAGCCUCCGGGACCCCUGAGGGGUCCCGGGCCCCCCGCGCAGCCUGCAGGGAAGAGGAGGAGGAGGGGGAGGGGAGCAGCACGGAGAGCGGCCAGGACCAGGGCGAAGCCCCGCCCCCCGCGCCACCCCCGGCAGAGGGGCCACGAGGGGCCGCCCGGCGGCUUCGGGGGCAGCAACUGGAGGCGCUGACCCGGGUGGCCCUGAUGGAGCAACGGGUUAAGGAGCUCCAGCAGCAGAGGAAGGAGCUGAGGAUCGAGAUGGAGGUGGAGGUGGCUCUGCUCCGCGGGGAGCUGGCUGGGGAGCGCGUGGCCGCCCGCAGGGAGGAGGAGCAGCUGCGGGAGCUUCAGAGGCAGCAGGAGGCAGCUGAGCAGAAGGCGGGGGAGCAGCGGGAGCAGGAGCAGCAGCGUCUCCGGGAGGCCCGGGCCCGGGUGGAGGCUCUGCGGCGGAAGCUCGAGGAGGCUCAGGACAAGCUGGACUCGAAGCCCGAGGGGGACCGCGAGGGCCUGAGGAAGGGGGUCCAGGAGGUGUCCGAGCAGCUGGACGCGGCUCAGAGGGCCUACGAGGACCUGGAGUUCCAGCAGCUGGAGAAGGAGAGCAGGCGGGAGGAGGAGGCCGACGGGCUGGGGGGCCCCAGGAUCCGAGAGCUGCAGGCGAGCCUGGCCCAGCACAGGCGUCGCAUCCAGGUCCUGGAGGAGCAGCUGGGGUCGCUGGGGGAGCAGAUGGCGGCCGAGAGCCGCGGCCUGAGCCGGAAGAAGGAGGAGGCGCUGCAGGCCCUGAGCCAGGAGCGGAGCCGGCUUUUGGAGCUCAGCCGCCUGCAGGGGACGCCGGCCGCCGAGGGCAGCUUCGCGGAGCAGAGCCAGGCCCUGACCAAGCUCCUGUUCACCCAGAAGACGGAUCGCCAGCUCCUGGUCCUCCAGGACUCCUCGGUGCCUGCGUCCAGCGCCGCCUCCUCCUGCCUCUUCUCGGUGCACAGCUCCCUCCAGGGCUCCUUCGGGCUUCAGAGGACCGGGAGUUUGCCUCGGAGGAAGGGGGACCGGACCCGACCGAGGGGGUCUGUGCGACCCCUGUCCCUGCACUGCAGCGGGCCCCUGGAGGCCUCGGCCCUGUCGCCCCCUGCAGGGGACCCCCAGGGACACCCUCUGUACCACCUGCUGAACUGUGGCCCUGGAGCCAGUUGUGGAAUCCCCCACCCCGACAUCAUCCGAAUGGAGAAGCUGCUGCAGCAGGCCGUGGCAGAACGGGAGAGGCUGCUCCAGGCCCGGGAGGGGACGAAGAGGAGCAAGGAGGAAGCCAGACCUGUUCCAGCCAUCAUGGCCCCGCCGCCGCCCCCGCCCCGGCCCCCGGGCCCCCGGGUCCUGGACUUGUACCAGCACCUGGAACGCUGGGGCCACAGCCCCGAAAGCUGCCCUCACGUCCGAGUGACCAGCGGCUGCUGCCGGGGACCUCUGGUGAAGGUGGGGGGCCGCAUCAAGACCUGGAGGAAGCGGUGGUUCUGCUUUGACCGCCACGCCCGCCGCCUGGCCUACUACGCUGACAAGGAGGAGACCAAACUGAAGGGAGUCAUCUACUUCCAAGCCAUAGAAGAGGUGUAUUACGACCACCUGCGGUGCGCCUUCAAGAGCCCCAGUCCCCGCCUGACGUUCUGCGUCAAGACCUACGAGCGGCUCUUCUACAUGGUGGCCCCCAGCCCGGAGGCCAUGCGCAUCUGGAUCGACGUCAUCGUGACCGCCGCGGAUGAGAACCACGCCCCCUGACCGGGCUCCACCUCCCCAGAAGCCCCGACCGCCUCCGCCCACAGCCUAGUAGUAACACAGCCCGGGCUUUUCUAGCCUGGCCCUCAGUUUCCCCUUCUGUAAAACGAGGCUAGACAAGCUCGGUCCUUCCAGCUCGGUCCCAGAUGCUAUGAAUUCGCCCCCAGCGUUAAAAGAUGCCCAAUGCUUAUAGCUCGGGCAUUCUAGUCCUCUCAGAGUUCCCCGGGAGGCCCCGCCCUCGGCCGAACGUUCCUACUCUUAGUGUUCUAUUGCUGGUAACGUUCCCGGGAGGCCCCGCCCUCUCUCGAGUGUUCGUACGCCCAGUGUUCUAUUGCUAGUAACUUUCUCGGGGGCCCCGCCCUCACCGAACGGUCCUCCCCCCAGUGUUCUAUUGCUAGUAACUUUCUCGGGGGCCCCGCCCUCGCCGAACGUUCGUACCCCCAGUGUUCUAUAAUUUGCAACUUUCCCGCGAGGCCCCGCCCUCCCUCGAGUUCGUGUUCUAUGACUUGUAACUUUCCCGCGAAGCCCCGCUCUCGAGGGAACGUUCGUACCCCAGUGUUCUAUUGCAAGUAACUUUCCCGGGGGCCCCGCCCUCGCCGAACGUUCGUCACCCCAGUGUUCUAUUGCAAGUAACUUUCCCGGGGGCCCCGCCCUCGCCGAACGUUCGUACCCCGGUGUCCAACUGCUAGUAACUAGCCCCGCCUCCACUUGAGUUCGUUACUCCCAGUGUUCCAUUGUAACUUUUUCGGGAGGUCCCGCUCUCGGUGGAACGUUAGUAUCCCCGGUGUUCUGUUGCUUGUAACUUUCCCGCGAGGCCCCGCCCUCUCUCGAGUAUUAGCACCUCCCAGUGUUCUGUUGCUCGUAACUUUCCCGGGAGCUUUCGUAUUCCCAGGUAACUCCCGACAUUCGUAGCCCCGCUGCUCUCCCCCAGCCCGGGAAGUCCAGUCCCCCGAAACGGUCUCCUCCGCCCGGGGGGCCGCCUCUGCUCGGCCGGUUCCGAGCUCGGCUUCCCGAGUGCCCCGGAGGAAGCGGCUGCCGGCUUUACCCCGCGGACUCUCCGGGGGCGGGGGCGGGAGGUUUAUUUAUUGAUGCACACGUGGGGUUAAAUUAAACACUGUGGAAAAACAA